AUGUCACCUCACGCCGUGCUGUCCGGCACCCCCUCGAAUGGAAAGCCGACAGUCGACUUGAGCAAAUUCGCCGUCACACAAAACGCCUUCCUGCCCGCCACCAGUCCGCCCACGUCUCUCUCCGAUUCGUAUUAUGAGCCCUGGGAACUCAUUGCACAGCAUCUGCCGGCAUUGAUCGAGAGCAACCGGAUUCGAGACUCCGUCCGUCAGCUGCCCGUGCUAUCCACAGAUUGCCUCGUCUCCGAAGCGGAAUGGAGGAGGGCGUAUGUCAUCUUGGCCUUCAUGGCCCAUGCGUAUAUCUGGGGAGGUGAAAAGCCCGAGCAAAUCCUGCCGCCGCAAAUCACAGUCCCCUUCCUGCGGGUAUCGAGCCACCUCGAAGUCCCCCCGGUAUUGACCUACGCGGGGGCCAACCUCUGGAACUUCUCCUGCUCCGGGAGCGACUUCACAAACCUGCACAACCUCAGCCUCCCCAUCUCAUUCACCGGCACCGAGUCGGAAUCGUGGUUCCUGCUCAUCAGCGUCGCCAUGGAAGCCAAGGCAGCCGGCAUCCUGCAAACCAUGAUGGCCGCCCUCGAGGCCGUCAAGACGCGCGACUACCCCGUCAUCGCCUCGGCCCUCGGCCAACUACGCAACUGCAUCGACGGCGUCGGCGCGCUCCUGGAGCGCAUGUACGAGAAGUGCGACCCCAUGGUCUUUUACCACCGGAUCCGGCCCUUCCUCGCGGGGAGCAUGAACAUGGAGGCCGCGGGACUGCCCAGGGGCGUCUUCUACGACGAGGGCCACGGCAAGGGCCGCUGGAGGCAGUACCGCGGCGGCAGCAACGGGCAGAGCUCGCUGAUCCAGUUCUUCGACGUGGUGCUGGGCGUCGAGCACCGCACCCACGGCAAGCCGGGGCAGGAGAGCUUCCACGCCGAGGUCAGGGGGUACAUGCCCGGCCCGCACCGGCGCUUCCUCGUGCACGUCGCCCGGAUGGGGAGCAUACGGGAGCUGGCGCUCGCCGAGCCGGCGACGCCCGAGCAGCGCGGGCUGCGGGAGGCCUACACCGCUGCGACCGAGGCCCUGAGCGAGUUCCGGAACAAGCACAUCCGGAUUGUGACGCGGUACAUUGUCCUGCCGUCUAGGCAGCCCUGGACGGGGGGGCCGCGGACAAACCUGGCGAGCUCGUCGUCGUCGCGGGGGGGUGAGCAGGGUCUCAUGGGUACGGGUGGCACGCAGUUGAUUCCCUUUUUGAGGACGUCGAGAGAUGAGACGGCCGAGGCGGGGAAACUGGCACGGGAAAAGGAGUAG